AUUCAACACUGUCCAGAAGUAACUCAAAUUAAAGCAAACAAAGGCGAUGGCCUUGCAUGGUCUAUUUCAAAAUGGCCUAUAUAUAUAUAUGGUUGAGAGGUUUCCAUACAUUCUUAUCGAAAUUAAUACUAUUCGUCUUAAACAAACAUUUGUUCCACAUGGAUGGCCUAUGGUUGAGAGGUUUCCAUACAUUCUUAUCGAAAUUAAUACUAUUCGUCUUAAGCAAACAUUUGUUCCACAUGGUAUAUAUAUAGAUUCACUAGUACAGUUUCAAUCAAUUCUUUUCAAUGUAGUUUUCUCGAAUUCAUUGCACGCUGACAAAAUAAAACUUGGAAAUCCAAUUACUUCACGUGAUCAACAAUUGUGACAUUUUAUUCCCUUUAUUGACAAAUUUUUGUUUAGUACAAUUACUCACUGGCAUUGUAUUCUUCUUAUUUGGUAAGCUUUAUUUAGUGCAAUGGUUUUUUUUUUUUUUUCCUGAUCGAACAAUGGAACUGUAAUUGUAACUUUUUUAGUUUGCAGAGCUAAUAUUUGCUGAUCAUCCCCUGCCGACACAGUUUAAUUAGGUCCCAAAAUCUGAUCCAUUUUUUCACGUUGUGCCAAAGUGAUGAUAUUGACCUGAUUUGAUUGCUAUUAAUUGAUUUCAUAAUCAAGUUUUAAUUAGCGUCGUAUCCACAGAUCGUAACUUGUUUAAUUUAAUUGCUUUUAUUAUUUAAUUAAACAUAAGCAUAUAUUUUUGGUGUCCAUCUUAUGCUUUAUAAACCCGAAACAUUCGUGCAUACUCAGUGUAGUUAUAUCAUGGCUGAGUGCUAUUCUUUCUCUACAAAUUUGGGCUCUGAAACUGAGGAAGGCGAAGAAGAUCAUCGGAAAAUCUAUCGGUACUUCACUGAUUUGGUCUCUACUUUUCCAUGCGAACCUGGCGUCUCUAGCCUUCUACUUUAUCGGUACAACGGUUGGUAUGCCAGCCUGCCUUCGAUGGUCGGCAUAAUGGCCGCCGGACGCCACUUCAAAGCUCGGCCCUCCGACGUGCUCCUCGCCACACUACCGAAAUCCGGCACCACGUGGCUCAAAUCCCUCCUUUUCGCCACCGUACACCGCAAGUUGUACGCCGUCGAUGACGACUCUCGCCACCCUUUUACUUUCCACAACCCCCAUGAAUGUGUCCCGUUCCUUGAGUACCAAGUUUACGUCGACAAUCGCAUCCCUAACUUGGAUGCGAUUCCUUCGCCGAGACUCUUCGCCACACACAUGCCCUUUCAGUUGCUUCCGAAGAGCGUGACCGACUCCGGUUGUCGCAUAGUUUACUUAUCCCGCGAACCUAAGGAUAACUUUACUUCCUUGUGGCACUUCUCAAACAACUUGAGAGAGAAAGAGAAGAUCGAACCUUGGUCCUUAGGCGAGGCCGUCGAUUACUUCUGCAACGGCGUCUCGCCCUUCGGGCCGUAUUGGGAUCAUUUGCUUGGGUAUUGGACUGCACAGUCGGAGCAACCGGAGAAAGUGCUUUUCCUCAAGUACGAGGAGAUGAGAAAAGACCCUUUGGGUAAUGUUAAGAAGCUGGCGGAGUUCGUAGGAAACCCUUUUACGCCGGAGGAGGAGGAAGGGAGCAUUAUCGACGGCAUCGUAAAGCUAUGUGGGUUUGAGUCACUGCGGGAUUUGGAGGUGAACAAGAGUGGGAAGACGGAGCUGGUUUUCGGGUCUGUCGAGAACAAACUGUUCUUUCGGCGCGGAGUGGCGGGAGACUGGGUGAAUCACCUGACACCCGAGAUGGCUCGACGUAUCGACCAAACCACGGAGAGUAAGUUGAGAGGACAUAGGCUGACCUUCUCAUGAAGUUUCAGAAGAAUAUAGGGCUCGAAUCUUAAUCGUUCAUCACUUCUUAAAAGAAAGAAAAACAAGUAACGAAGGUAUGGCUGGUCGAAAAGUUCCAAUCACAGCGUAAAUAAGACAAGUAAUAUGCUGUUAAUAUUGGGUUUCAAUUUGUAAGUCAUUAGUACGCUCUUUAUAUGAGCUA